ACAUUUUAUAUAUUAGUGUUUGGACUUGUGUUAACAGCAGAUGUGUUUUCUGCUUCAACCAUGUUGUUGAUUUUUUUGUUUUCGUGUGCAGCUAUUGUUAAUGGACAGAGUUCGGGACGUUUUCCGCUGAAUAUACUUCAUUAUAAUGAUUUCCAUGCGAGAUUUGUCGAGACUAACCCAUGGAGCUCAGUCUGUAACCCAGCGUCUGGAGUACCCUGUAUUGGAGGCUUCGCCCGCCUAGCAACCAUGGUCCGAGAGAGGAUGAAGGCAGAACCAAAAUCUCUUCUGUUGAAUGGUGGUGACAGCUUUCAGGGCACCAUUUGGUAUAAUCUGCUGAGAUGGAAUGUCACCCAAGAUUUCAUGAAUAUGUUGCCACAUGACGCUCAUGUCCUAGGAAACCAUGAGUUCGACAACGGCAUCGCUGGAGUUGUUCCAUACUUGGAGCAUUUAGAUUCAACAGUAGUUACUGCCAACAUCAUCGAUGAUCUGGAGCCAACUAUACAAGGGCUUUACAAGAAGAGCACCAUUGUCGAAAGAGAUGGAAGAAGAAUAGGAAUCAUUGGUGUCAUUAUAUCUAGCACUAAUGUUUUAGCAUCUACCGGGCAAUUGAAAUUCACAGAUGAAGUUGAGACUGUUAGAGAGGAGGCUGAAAAAUUAAAUGCACAAGGCGUUAAUAUAAUAAUAGUUCUGUCUCAUUGUGGAAUCGACAUUGACAGAGAAAUAGCUGAACAUGGUGGUCCAUACAUCGAUAUCAUAGUUGGUGGACACAGUCACACGCUACUAUUCAAUGGAGAUGUGCCUCCGAACACUCAGUUCGUUCCCUUGGGACCCUACCCGGUAGUAGUAGAGCAACCUACAAGAAAGGUUUUAAUUGUACAAGCUGCGGCUCACACACAAUAUUUGGGUGAGAUAAAACUAUUCUUUGACGACCAAGGAAAUCUUUUGGAUUGGGAAGGUAAUCCUCAUUACCUUGGCAAUGAAGUCGCGCAAGCACCCGAUGUUUUGGAAAAGAUAAACUAUUAUUUACCAUUAAUUGAAGAACAGGCAAAUCAAGAAAUCGGUUACUCAAUGGUCUAUUUGUCUUCAUCGUGUGCCUGUCAAGAAUGCAAUCUUGGUAACUUGAUUUGUGAUUCGUACUUACAUGCGGCGCUUAAAAAGGCUGAAAACAAUCAAUGGAAUGGCGCACACUUCUGUGUUAUUAACCAAGGUGGUAUAAGAACGGACAUUGACAAGGGAUUGUUAACCUAUGAGUCGGUGUUAGCAACUACUCCUUUUGAAAACAAUAUUGAAGCUUUUGACCUUAAAGGUGUACAUGUAAAGGAAAUGUUGGAGUUUGGCGUGGCUAAUGACCCGUUCCCUGGUGCCAGGAUGUUGCAAACUUCAGGACUGCGCGUAGUUUAUGACGGAGCUAAGCCUUUAGGCAACCGAGUCCUAAACGUUACUAUACGUUGUAUCGAAUGCGAUGUCCCUCGAUAUGACCCGUUAGAUACCGAAAAAUAUUAUAGAGUCGUUACAACUGACUUUAUAGGGAACGGAGGAGGUGAUUACACCAUGUUAAGUGAAAAUCGUAAGAAUAUUGAAGGCCUUGGAGCUGACUACGCUAUUUUCAUGGACUACAUAAAUCAGAUGUCGCCAGUUUUCGUUGAGAUCGAUGGGCGUGUUACUAUAUCCAACGCAUGCACAUAAGCAGAACAUG